UGCUGAUAGCUACUUCGGCUGAGAACUUUUUACACAUAUACAAAUAGCCUAUAACCUCCACCGGCAAGCGAGACUGUGCCGUCUGCUUUUCGCAGGCAACAGCGUUCGGAAGAUUAGCGAUAACGAACUUUGUUGCCGUCUACACCGCUUCUGCUAGUGUUGACUUCGGGCUGUUAUACGUUGUAUAAAUUCUGAGAGUGCCAAAUUGUCAACGCUCUUUUUCUACCCAACCGUCAAGAAGUUCGGACGUGUUUCUGCUUCUGGCCGAAUAGAUCGCAUUUUGUGUUGUUGAAUUGUGUGUGCACGCCAACCAAGUAAAACAUUUCCAAAUUUACAAUCGUUAUACACUACUUCAAAUCAACAAAAGAAACACCAACAAGAUGCCACAAUCCGCAACAAAUGGUCACACCAACGGCUGCAAUGGAAAGGCGACCGAUUCCUAUGACAUGGAAGAUGGACAGACAUUCCUUUUUACUUCCGAAUCUGUAGGCGAGGGACAUCCCGAUAAAAUGUGUGACCAAAUCAGUGACGCUAUUUUGGAUGCACACUUGAAGCAGGAUCCCAACGCAAAAGUCGCAUGUGAAACUGUUGCCAAGACCGGCAUGAUUCUGCUGUGUGGAGAAAUUACAUCGGAAGCCGUAAUCGAUUACCAAAAGGUCGUGCGUGACACAGUCAAACACAUUGGGUACGAUGACUCAUCGAAAGGCUUUGACUAUAAAACGUGCAACGUUUUGCUAGCAUUGGACCAACAAUCGCCGGAAAUCGCAGCUGGAGUGCACAUAAAUCGUGCCGAUGAAGAAAUCGGUGCCGGAGAUCAGGGCAUCAUGUUUGGCUAUGCCACCGAUGAGACCGAGGAAUGCAUGCCAUUGACUGUGGUUUUGGCACACAAAUUGAAUGAGAAAUUGGCUGAGCUCCGUCGCUCCGGCGUAUUCAGCUGGGCGCGUCCCGAUUCAAAGACACAGGUUACUUGUGAGUACCUCUUCAAUCAGGGCGCUGCCGUGCCAAAACGUGUUCACACCAUUGUCGUUUCCAUUCAGCAUUCGGAGAAGAUCACCUUGGAAGACUUACGCAAAGAGGUUAUGAAUAAGGUCGUCAAAGAAGUCAUUCCAGCCAAAUAUUUCGAUGCCAACACAAUUGUACAUAUAAAUCCAUGCGGACUUUUCGUGAUUGGCGGUCCCAUGGGUGAUGCAGGUUUGACUGGCCGCAAAAUUAUCGUCGACACUUAUGGUGGUUGGGGUGCACAUGGCGGUGGUGCAUUCUCGGGCAAAGACUUUACUAAGGUAGACAGAUCGGCCGCGUAUGCCGCACGUUGGGUGGCCAAAUCGCUCGUGAAAGCCGGCCUUUGCAGACGUUGCUUGGUGCAAGUCUCAUACGCUAUUGGUUUGGCUGAGCCACUUUCCAUUACCGUCUUCGAUUAUGGCACCUCACACAAAUCUCAAAAGGAAUUGCUCGACAUUGUUAGACGUAAUUUCGAUUUGCGGCCGGGUAUGAUUGUCAAAGACUUGCAACUCAGACAGCCAAUCUACCAGCGCACAAGUACUUAUGGACACUUUGGACGUAACUGUUUCGCGUGGGAGCAGGCAAAGAAGCUACAGAUUAAUUGACUAGACGCCGAUGCGGAGCAGAUAACACAGCCGCCGUGUGCUAAAAAGUGUAAAGUUGCGUAAUUAUUAGUUGUUAAUUUAAUUAUUUUCAUUUUAAUUGGCUUUUUCCUUUUUUCUUGUGUGUAAAAUCACGAAUGAAAAUAAUUGCAAAUAACUAAAAAAAAGAGGAAAUUGAAAAAGCAAUUUAGAAAAGCUAUGUACAUGAAAUUCAUCUGACAAAAAUUAAGAAACUGAAAAAAAAACAAAAAAAAAAGUGAUUUCAUAAUAAUUUUCGUUCCUCUUUACCAAUAAAUAUAAUUAGUUUUAGUUUGUUUAAAAAUAACAUGAAACAAAAACAAAAACACAAAACAAAAACAACAAAAUAUCCCAAUUCAAGUCCUAUACGAAAGUAUCAGUUGUUUUUAUUGUAAUUUGUCUACAUAAUUUUUUUUAAAAUUGUACAUUUGAAUCUGUGUGAUGCAAAAGUGGCGCGUCUGUGAAGAGUUCUAUGGUAAAGUAAAGAACAUACAUAUAUGUAUUGUCUCAGCCCUUCUUAUUUUGUACUCGUAUAAACACAAUAAUUGUUCGAAAUUUUUUGGGUUAAAUAUAUAGCAAAACAGAAAAUAAUAUGCAAAAUAAAAUAUAUAAAAUGCAAUAAUGUAAUGCUAGUUAUUUUUAAACAGAAACAAGAAAAUCUAUCAAAUAAAUUGUAUUUAUUAUAAAAAUUUAAUAGUCAUAAAAGCAAAAAGCUUCAAUAUACUGAUGUCAUAAAAUAUUGUAUCGUCUCUGUAUGCUAAGUGGAACUUCCCAGAAUUCAAACAUUAAAAAAAAAAACAAAAACAAAAAAAGAAGCUAUAAAAUUAAAAUUAAGAAAACACAUUAUGACAAGUAACCCCAUAAAUGCGUUAAAACGCUUAACCAUUGUAAACAAAUGCAAUACAGAGAUGAAAAACAAUAAGUAAUUUACAUAAAAAUCAAAUUAAACAAUAAAACUACAUACGAUAGUGUACAAAAAUA